AUGACAAAAUCAGCUGCAGCCCACCUUAUCUCCCUCUUCCUCUUCCCCUGUCUCCUCUUCUUGCUUCCAUUUCAGGCCUCGCCGUCACCGACCACAGAGGCGCAAGCUCUUGUCAACUGGAAGAACUCCCUCUCUCCUCCUCCUCCUCCUUCUCUGAGCUCCCGGUCCCUCACCAACAUCACCCUUCUCUGCAGCUGGACUGGCGUUGCCUGCAACAGUGGCAGGUCGGUCUCGGAGAUCAGCCUCCCUGGCUCAAGCCUCAGCGGCACGCUCGAUGCGCUCAACUUCGCUUCAUUCCCAAACCUGACCCGCUUCAAUGUCAGCAGCAACCAUCUCAGGGCCCCAAUACCGUCCUCGAUCCGCAAUCUCCCCAAGCUGAGGUUUCUGGACCUGGGGACCAAUCACCUUGAAGGUAGCAUACCACCCGAGAUAGGUCAAUUGCAAGAGCUUCAGUACUUGAGCCUCUCUAAAAACAGUCUCAACGGUACAAUUCCAUACCAGAUCAGCAAUCUCGGGAAGGUGUGGCAUUUGGAUCUUCGAUCAAACCACUUGAAAUCUCCUGAUUGGUCGAAAUUCUCAGUCAUGCCGUCCGUGAGUUACUUGAGCCUCUCCGAGAAUAAGCUUGACGGUAAAUUCCCGGGCUUCGUGACCAAUUGCAAGAACCUGACAUACCUGCACUUGUCGUCGAACUAUAUGACUGGCAAAAUUCCUGAGGCAAUUUAUGACAACCUGGUAAACCUCGAGUACCUCGACCUCACUGAGAAUUUGCUCCAUGGUCAGAUUUCAAACGUAUCGAAACUAACCAGGCUGAAGGAGAUCCGGAUUGGUAAGAAUCAGUUCAGCGGUGCAAUUCCUGAAGACAUAGGAUUGCUGUCUCGGCUUCAGACAGUAGAGAUGCACGAAAAUUCCUUUGAAGGGGCAAUUCCUAGCUCCAUUGGUCAAUUGAGGCAGCUUGAAAGGCUCGAUUUGCACCAAAACCUCUUGAACUCUUCGAUCCCUUCCGAGCUUGGUCUUUGUUCUAACCUCACCUUCUUAGCCCUUGCCAAGAAUUCGAUCUCUGGGGAGCUGCCCCUCUCUCUGUCCAAUCUGGUUAGAUUGUCAGAAUUUGGAGCUUCGUGUAAUCGCCUGUCAGGUGAGUUAUCGCCUUAUUUCUUCACAAAUUGGACAGAACUCACUUCUUUGCAGCUCCAGCACAAUUCUCUCUCCGGGCAAAUUCCGCCAGAAAUCAAAAGCCUGACCAAGCUAAGUCUCCUCUAUUUGUUCAACAAUUCACUCUCCGGCCCCAUCCCUACCGAGAUCGGGAGCUUGGAGAAUUUGCUUGAAUUAGGCCUCUCCCAUAACAAUCUCUCCGGCCAAAUCCCUGAAACAUUGUGGAAUCUCAGCAACCUGCGAGUCCUCCAGCUUUUCUUCAACAACCUCACUGGGACUAUUCCUCCGGAGGUCGGGAAUCUCACGUCAGUGAAGACUCUUGACCUUGACACGAACCAGCUUUACGGAGAGAUCCCCGAGACCAUCUCUCACCUAGCUAACUUAGAGUUGAUCUCUUUGUUCACAAAUAAUUUCUCAGGAAGCAUACCACGUGAUUUCGGCAAGUACAGCCCUUCUCUGCGCACAGUUAGGCUUUCGAACAACAGCUUCACAGGAGAACUGCCUCCCGAGUUAUGCAGCGGCCUUGCUCUUAAUGAACUCAGUGUCAAUGGAAACAAGUUCACCGGGCCGCUGCCCGACUGCUUGAGGGAUUGUUCGGGGCUAGAAAGAGUCAGUCUAGCGCACAAUCAGUUCACUGCAAAUAUCACGAGCGCAUUCGGAGUUCAUCCGAAGCUGACCACUAUAAACCUCAGUAACAACCGAUUUAUUGGGAGUCUCUCGGCACAAUGGGGAGAGUGUAUGAAUCUCACGGACUUGAAGAUAGAUGGCAACAAAAUCUCAGGCCAUAUCCCUCCGGAGCUCGGGAAAUUGUCUCGGUUGGGCGUCCUGACUUUGUACGACAAUGAUUUGACGGGGAAAAUUCCCGACGAGAUGGGUAACCUAGGGGAGUUGUUCAAUCUGAACUUGAGCAACAACCAUUUGACCGGAGAUAUUCCCAUCUCAUUAGGAAAAUUAUCAAAGCUCCAAUUUCUUGAUUUGUCGGACAACGCAUUGGGUGGUAGCAUACCAGAUGAGCUAGCAAAUUUUAAGAAUUUACAGAGCUUGAACUUGAGCAACAACAAUCUGUCGGGUAACAUAUCAUCCAAGCUCGGGAAGUUAUCCACGCUACAAAUUCUCCUAGACCUGAGCCACAAUUCACUAGCAGGAUCAAUUCCUUCCAAUUUAGAUAAGCUUACUAAAUUGGAAAAUCUCAAUCUUUCGCAUAACAAUUUGUCGGGUACGAUCCAUGCUGCUCUCACCAGCAUGAGUAGUUUAACCUCCAUAGACUUCUCGCACAACAAACUGACCGGUGCGAUUCCUAUUGGUGGGAUCUUCCAACAUGCCCCGGGAAGUGCUUUUAUUGGGAAUCCGAGCUUGUGUGGAAACGUGACUGGAUUAUAUCCUUGUAAGACAAGCAGUAAAUCAACAGACAAUAGAAAAAAACUUCGGGUUGGUGUGAUUGUUGGCGUUUGCUGCUCACUACUUCUGGCGAUCCUAAUUGCUGUGAUUCUGCUACUUCGGCAGCGAAAAAAGCAUCUCGACGAAGAGGAAGAGAUCAAGCGUCUUAAAAAGCACGAGAAAUAUGAGCAGAUCAUAUGGGAAAAGUUAGGGAAGUUCACAUUCAGCGACAUUGCCAAGGCCACCAAUGAUUUCAGUGAAGAAUACUACAUCGGAAAAGGCGGGUUCGGGAGCGUCUACAAGGCCGAACUGCCCAACGGCCAAUCCGUCGCUGUCAAAAAGCUCAACGUAUCAGAAUCUGGCGACGUCUCAGAGGUCAACCGCCAGAGUUUCGAGAACGAGAUCCACAUGUUGACUGAGGUCCGGCACCGCAACGUGAUCAAGCUCCACGAGUCCUGUUCCAAGAGGGGAAGCAUUUACUUGGUCUAUGAGUUUGUUGAGAGAGGCAGUUUGGCAAAGGUCUUGUAUGGAGGAACAGGAGCAGCAGAACUGGACUGGGGUAAAAGGGUAAAGAUUGUUCAAGGCGUGGCUCACGCAAUCGCCUACUUGCAUCACGAUUGCUCACCGCCUAUUGUCCAUCGGGACAUAACGUUGAACAACAUCUUGCUCGACCCCGACUUGGAACCUCGGCUAUCAGAUUUCGGAACGGCAAGACUCUUGAAUUCAGACUCGUCGAAUUGGACUGCAGUGGCCGGAUCUUAUGGCUACAUGGCUCCUGAGCUAGCAACAACAAUGCAGUUGACAGACAAAUGCGACAUGUACAGCUUCGGAGUAGUAGCGUUAGAGAUUAUGAUGGGUAACCAUCCAGGGGAUCUUCUCUAUUCCCUAUCUAUGACGCAAACAUCGACAUUAUCGGAGAACCCAAAUCAGCUGCUGAAGGAUGUGCUCGACCCACGUCUUCCUCCUCCAACCGGACAACUAGCCAAGAAAGUGGUAUUCAUCGUUGCAGCAGCACUGGCAUGCACACGGACAAGUCCCAAUUCGCGACCCACUAUGCGUUUCGUCGCGCGAGAACUAUCCACACGUGCUCAAGCUUUCUUGUCCGAGCCAUUCGGAUCGAUAACCAUCAGCAAAGCCAUCGAGUCUGCAGAACAGAAAUUUUGAGGGACAGUGCAAAUCAAAUGGUACUUUCUUUUGUUUGACUUAGCUUGUAACGAAUGAUAAAGGGUACUGACAAACGGGAUAACUUAGAAAAGCUCUACUGUAUUGGUACGUGGAAACUUCGGCCUCAAGAAUUCAUGUCAAUUCAUACUGCAAGACGAGGAAGAAAUGUUCAGAGUUCAUCGUCAUAGCUCGAAUAUUGACGAGAAGCUUCUUCGCAGGAUCUCAUCAUGCGCCUCUACUUCUCAGGACCAUCAACCAGUUCCUUCUCUCUGUCAGCUUCUCGUAAGGGCAAGGGGAAAUCGGCAUGUGAUGGCUAGGCUUAAAGAGCUUACAAAACUCAGU